AUGGGUUGGCGAUAUAUCGAUAUCGUCCUUGGUGGAAUAUGUUUGAUCAUGUUUAUCGUGCACUGCUUGAUCCUUGGGAUACACGAGUCGCCGAAAUGGCUAGUCAGCAAAGGCAGAAUUGACGACGCCGUGAAAGCACUUAAUUCGAUCAGCUCUAAGAACAAAUCCGAAUGCACAGCAGACCUUCAGCAAUCCAUCAAUAUACCACAGGAGCAGGCUGCAAACCCUACAUGGCUUGAAGAUGUCAUUUCGAUUCGGGAGUUGUUCUGCGGGCAGAAGAACAUCAAGCUAACUAAUGGAGCUCAUGAUGUUACUCUAGGCGUUUGUUGGAAUUUGGGGAACUUGGCCUGUCGUCUCUCUAUCCCCAGGAUAAUAUGUUGGCUGAUUCUCUCUAAUAGUUAUCCCCUCUAUGAUGUCUUCCUUCCCUACUACCUGGAAGUGCACGCCGCCAAUUUGGGCGACAGUAUUAACUACUAG